GGUCGACCGUACAAAAACGAACCCAAUCUCACCCUCACUCUAGUCAACCAUCGUUUCGUUUUCUUUUUCUCCGGCGAGCAAUCUCAGAUUCUCCGGCGGAGUGAUUAUGUCAGGAUCUGGUGGUGGUGGUGGUGAUUCUCGGAGCUUGUGGCUAGCAGAGAAUCCGAGCAAAAGAUGGGGAGAGCUCUUCUUCCUCUUCUAUACUCCUUUCUGGCUCACUCUCUCUUUAGGAAUCGUUGUUCCUUACAAGCUUUACGAGACAUUCACGGAGUUGGAGUAUCUGCUUUUGGCCUUGGUCUCUGCUGUUCCAGCUUUCGUGAUACCUAUGCUACUCAUCGGAAAGGCUGACAGAAGUUUAUGCUGGAAAGACCGUUAUUGGGUUAAGGCAAAUCUCUGGAUAAUUAUUUUCAGCUAUGUGGGAAACUACUUUUGGACUCACUAUUUCUUUCAAGUUCUUGGUGCGUCCUAUACUUUCCCAUCGUGGAAAAUGAAUAAUGUGCCCCACACAACGUUCUUUCUAACACAUGUUUGCUUCCUCUUUUACCACGUUGCAUCGAACAUGACUCUUCGAAGGCUACGACACUCGAUUGCUGAUUUACCAGACUCUCUGAGAUGGUGUUUUGAAGCUGCAUGGAUACUGGCGCUUUCUUAUUUCAUUGCAUACCUGGAGACUGUUGCUAUCGCAAAUUUUCCUUAUUAUGAGUUUGUGGACCGAAGUGCCAUGUACAGAGUUGGAUGUUUGUUCUAUGCCAUCUACUUCAUUGUGAGCUUCCCAAUGUUCUUCAGGAUGGAAGAGAAAUCAAGUGAUGAGUGGGAUUUAUCACGUGUGGCUGUUGAUGCUUUAGGCGCUGCUAUGUUGGUAACAAUCAUUCUUGAUCUAUGGCGUCUCUUCUUGGGACCUAUAGUUCCCUUACUGGAGGGACGAAGCUGCCUUGAGUCUGGAUUACCAUGGUUCUCCCAUUGAAUAUCGUAAAGAAAGAUGAUGGCUGCUUCUACCAAAACAGUGAAAGAGAAACCUACACAAGAGUUUCUAUGACCGCUUUACGGAUUUUUGGGCAUGCUUUGUUAUGCUUUCUUUCAGUUUUUCAUUGAUAGACUUACUUCAAGCAGAAAACAGAGAAUUCUGACAUUCUAAAGAUUUAACUUUCAAGCUACAACUUGAGCGUGCUAGUUCAUUGGUAGAAAGAUGCUCAUAAGAAUCUGAGUUUUUAUGAU